AAACAAUGAUUCAGUGGGCUCAUAACGCACAAACACGACGCUUCUCCUCUCCUCUCCUCUUGCGUGUUUCAUCUCCUUCCUCCGCCAGCGGCGGCGCUCCUCCUUCUCCACCAGCGGCGGCGCUCCUCCUUCUCCACCAGCGGCGGCGCUCCUCCUUCUCCACCAGCGGUGACGUUUCCUCCUACCUCUUGCUCUUCUCUCUUGCUUCCCUUCUCUGUUACUUGAAAUAGGUGAUGUUCAAGUGCUAAGAUGGAACAAGAAGCAGAACAACCGAUUCCCGUUCAAGUAGGGACCUCAGAUAGUUCAAGUCGUGUGAGUCGGGUAAGGAAGCUGCUGUUUCGCCGGAUGCUGGUGGGGAUUAAAGAUGGAAGAUUCUUCUUGGGUGGCUUCUACUGCAUUGACAAGCAGGGGAACAUUAUUCUCCAGGAUGCUGUGGAGUAUCGUAGCACUCGACGAUCAUCACCUUCUCCAAUGGAGCAGCGGUGCCUUGGUCUCAUUCUGAUUCCUUCUUCUUGUCGGGCGACGUGUCAUGUGGAUUGCUCUAUCGAUGAACAGUUGUCCCUGCUAUCACUUCGUGAAACAUGAGUACCUUAGGGUUUCAUUUGUUCUGUUGGUGAACUGUGAAUGGAAUUCAAUAUUUUAGUGUGUUGUGUUGGAAUAUAGGAUUGUGGCACAGAAGGAACAUGGUUUAACAUUGUGUAACCUGUUUUGUUGUGAUUUAUUUGAUUGGUCAAGCUGCUUUUGUAAUUGGGAUUCUGAAUUUGAUUCAUCAACUAUUAUUUGGGUGUGAGCGAAA